AUGCAGACGAGCGCUACAUCCCACUCACAUCCUCCGACCCACUCACAUCCGCCCUCAUCAUCACAUCCUCAUCAUCACCAUCAUCAUCAUAAUCAUCAGCACGCCAGAAGUAGCCACAGCUCUUCAUCGUCACAUAUGAAUGGCCAAGUUCAACAGCAAUCUACCUCUCAAGCUUUGGAGGAAGAAAUGGAGAGACAGAAGGUAACUCCCACCUUAAUAAAAUAUAUCGAGGAAUUCAAGUUUCCCUACAUAAAUGAUGUCAGCAAUUAUGAAAAGCUGUUGAAAAUAGGUCAAGGGACGUUUGGAGAAGUAUUCAAAGCACGGUGCAAGAAGACGGGAAAAAUGGUAGCACUAAAGAAAAUAUUAAUGGAAAAUGAAAAAGAAGGGUUCCCAAUUACGGCGCUUCGUGAGGUGAAAAUGCUGCAGCAACUCAAACAUGAAAAUAUUACAGAUCUUAUUGAAGUGUGCAGUAGCAAAGCCACGGCUUUCAACCGUGAUCGCUCAACGUUCUAUUUAGUGUUUGCUUUUUGUGAACAUGACCUCGCAGGUCUGCUAAGUAACAACAAAAUCAAGAUCUCCCUGGUCCACAUCAAAACCAUGAUGAAGCACUUGUUCAAUGGUUUAUGGAAAAUUCAUCGCUCCAAGAUCUUGCAUAGGGACAUGAAGGCUGCCAAUGUUUUGUUAUCCCGAGAUGGAAUUCUUAAACUUGCUGAUUUCGGGUUGGCAAGACCAUUCUAUAUGGGUCAUCCUCGCCAACUCUACACAAAUCGUGUGGUGACGCUUUGGUAUCGUCCUCCAGAGUUGCUAUUGGGCGAUCGUCAGUACACGACGUCAAUUGACAUGUGGGGAGCAGGUUGCAUAAUGGCCGAAUUAUGGACUCGUUCACCCAUCAUGCAAGGCGAUACUGAACAGAAACAGCUCACAAUGAUUUGCAAUCUAUGUGGCUCAAUCGAUAAGGACUCAUGGGAGAAAGACGAUCUUGCUGUUUGUCUCAUUGACGAGCUACUAGCACUGGAUCCUAGCAAGCGACUGGAAGCGGAAAAAGCUUUGGAUCAUAUGUUCUUUUAUACGCCACCUUAUUCGAAAGACGAUUUCAAAGAUUUAAUGGACACGGUCAAGACCUCUCAAUUCGAGUACACUGCCGGUGGCGGAGCUCACGCAAACCGCGGCAGAGCCAUUGGUGCUGGCCAGCGUAUGCCGCAGCGUCCACAGGUUUCGCAGACUGGCCAAUUCCACGAUAUGAUUUUCUGA